AUGAUGAAGUUGUCUCUCCUCCUCUCUGCGCUCGCUUCUGCCUCGACUUUGGUUUCUGCCCAACAUGCGUUUACCCUGGUCAACCACUGUGGAUCGUCCAUCACCCCCAUUGUAGCAAACACGGCCUGUGGUUACAGUCCUCGCUGCUCCGGAGCUGGAUAUUACACCGCUGCUCAACCAGGUGUCCUCGGAGCCGGAGCGAGUGAGACCAUCUCCAUCCCCGUCGACUGGGUCGGUCGUAUCUUCGCUCAAAACGGCGCUUGUGGUGCCAGCGGUGAAGAUUGCACGAUCACUGAAUUCAACUUGGACACGGGCGACUUCUACACCCCCCAAGCGUACGACAUCUCCAACAUCCAGGGCUUUACCCAAUCUAUCGAAAUCGCUGCCGCGGGUUGUGAUACCGUUACUUGCACCAACGUGAACUGUGGUUGCACAGAAGCGUACCCACCAGGUGACGAAUCCGGGUGCGGAGACGACUCCCCCGUGCGCGCAUGCGGCGCCGGAAACAUCGCUUUCACAAUCACUUUCUGUCCCUAA